AUGGCAGUUGAGGUCGAAGAUUUAAUCAUACAGCCCUUCCGGGAACUCAUUGAGCGUGGAAAUGAGGCCAUUGCCAAUGCCGAGACAGCACAAGAUGUCGACCCAGCGCUAUGCCAGGCAAUGCUGAAAGCGGGUCGUGCAGUCAUUCGGGAGGGCGAGAGAGCGUUGCAGAGAGUACAGCCCUUGAUACUCGGUCGCCUAGAGAAGCAUGGUGAUGCUUUGAGGGAAGCAAUACGACAGAAUGAUGGAAUCUUUGAAAGCCAAAGGCAGCUAGAAGAUGUUUUAUAUGACCUUGAUGACUAUAUCCAGCCGGACACCUUCGAUGCCACGAAAUUCGCUCUAGCCCAGACGGCUUCAAAGGCAUUUGCCUUAAGUGCUUUAGAGACAAUCAAGAGAUUGCGUGUUGAUGACGAGGCGCCGGUAUCCCCUGCCUACUCUGCGUCGCGGUUUCCACCCUUACCGCCACUGCCACAAGGUCGAGUCGAGCCACUCUCAAUACCAAGACCGUCAACUCGAACGGAGCAUCGUGCAGAUACUCAUCUCUUGGGUCAAAAUGCGCGAACUACUCCACACAUUGGGCGUGCAUUGUCCAGCAGUGUCAGGAGUUCUCCAGGAGAAGCAAAUCUGCUGCGGAGAAUGAGCACGAGGAAAUCACAAAAGUCUCUGGCACCUUCAACGAGUAGUUCAGAUAGCCAGUACUCUCAACCAAGUUUCCAAUGGAGUCAACCGGAGCGUGCUACCAGAGGAUAUCAUACCCAUCAUCCUUCUGACUACUCGGAGUUGCUGGGGAUCGAGAUUGAGAAUCUUCUGAGUGAGCCAAGUAGCCCAAGACUUCUUGAGCCCCACUGCACAACAGGAUCCGACUCAAAGACACCUUGGACUACAGCAUGGAUUAAUGACCAAGCCGUGUCUGCAGACAACCAAAUCCGCCGAGAGGCUCUUUCAGUGGACGCCGCGGCUGGACAAGGAAGUGCGGACGGCCAUGAAUCACCAACUACAACCAGAUUCACUUUCGAAAGCACUAGGAGAUAUCAGGAGACGAUCCCAGAGAACUCUACGACAGACCACGUGACAGAAGUCGUCGAUGACAUGUCUCCAGUAACGAAAUUUACCCAUGACAGGAUGCGAAGACAUUCACACUCUGUCUUCGACCAUAAUGGUCUUAGUCGAAAUGGAAAGCCAAUGACAUCAAGUCCCAUUGACCAGGUUUCCGGCGUGAAGCAGCAUCCAUUAUUGGCUACCAAUGCGCAAAGACGAACGUCACUCGACCAUACACCUAUCAGUAUCCCUUAUGCUUCUACUGUGGAAGAUAAACCGCCUGCGUUUGUCACACAUUUCUUAGGUCAUCGACAUACAAAGUCUACAGACGCUGCUAUCAGUACGCAGGUCGUAGCUUCACCACCGCGUCCAGCACAACACCCUAAGCCCAUCUGGUACACUCGGGAGGAGAAGUGUUGGAUAGAAGAUGACAGCACUUUUGAGCAGUUGGAUGGCUUCUGCGAGGGUGCCUUGGCAUUCAGGGAUGGUCGCAUCGAGGAAGCAACGAAGACCACCGUUAUAUUAGACGCUGGACCGAGCGGUAUCAAUGGUUGCCAUGAUACCAGAACCGGAGCCGCGCUUUCAAUGGAUGCGAUGGACUACGUUCCACUGAAUGCGCAGAAACCGGUUAUGCAAUGCAGCAACUGCAAAUUUCAUCAACCACUUCUCGACUUCAAGAGGGAUUGUAAAAGUGAUCCUAAGGCCCGUUCCUCAAUGGAAGGGGUGUCUUUUCGCAUCCGAUUCCUAUACAAGUCCCACCUGUCAGUUGGAGGCAAAUCCUCACCCUUGUACGGCUGCAUUUUUUGUACCCAUCUAGGUCAUACACCACGCGAGGGAGAUGCCACUGUUUUCGCGUCACAGGAACAACUAUUUCGGCACUUGGCGCAGCAUCCACAGCCCCUUCCAGAAGUACCAGGUGUCACCGUUCUGUAUGGCAAGCUUGAAGAUGGAGAUAGGUAUGCAAAUUCGUACGACAUUCACCUUCCAGAGCCACCUCGUGCCGGUUCCAUGACCUCGGAGCCAAGCCUACUUUCCAAGCGACCCACAGCUAUCGCUGUAAAGAGUCAUACCCAGAAACCUUUUGAGAAGCCUAUGAAAGACCCGAGCGGACGGAAAGAUGUGCUGCAGUUUCUUGUGGGAGCUAGGAUUAUCGGCGUCGAGUUUCCGAACGAAUGGGGCGGCAAGUGGUGUCUCGGUUGGCAUGAUGGUGUCCGCGGCUCAUUCCCAGCCAAGCUCGUAACUCUGGAAGAGCCACCUAAGAGUGACAUACGACUCCCUGGAACGAACAAUGACGGCGUUAUUGUGACGUCUAGGUGGAAAUGGGAGGCCAAGCACCCAAGUGCUGGCUGGCUAACAUUUGACAAGAACACGGUCCUGACCAAUGUAAGCUGGCUGAGUCACGACUCAUGGUGUUGGUCUGGGACGACCAAAGAUGGGAGGACUGGGUUCUUCCCAUCUUCACAUAUUAAGCCUGACUCGAUCAGGGACCCUCCAGGUUCCGUUGGGGCUUUCGGCGCCACCACAAAGAAAGACUCGCGAAGGCUAUUCAAGAUACGGCACUCCAAGAGCAUCUCGUCUUCUGGCAGUAGCUUCGAAUUACGUUAG